CGCCAGAAGGCACUCUGCUCGUGCUCAGGGGCUCGAGCGUUCUCUCGGGAACCCGCCGGCCCCAUUGGGUCUUGGGCUGAAGCCAGGCAGGGACCAAGGGCUGCCGAGGUGGGCCGGCCGAGCGCCAAGAGAGCGCCUUUGCGCCGCGCACCCGCGCGGGGGGAAACAGCCCAGAGGCGGCGAGGAGGCGCUGCGGGUCCCCCGGGAGCCGGCCGGGCCUGGCUGCCAUUCCAUCGGCCUCCCUCGGCGGAGGAGCAUUAUGCAAUCCCCCCUCCCCGUCUCCUUCCCGGCUGCGAGGGGAUGGCAAAGGCGGCGAGCGAGAGGCGCCGUCCCGCCGCCGCCAGCCCAGUCCCCGCGCGCUCUCGGGCCGGCUCAGCGCAGGGCUGGCGGCCGGCGCGCCUCCGGGUCCCGCGGGCCGUCCGGGAGCUCCUCCGGCGGAGAGGCGGCGCCCAGCGAUGCCGUGCAGUAGCUGCCUUCUCCUGCUGCUGCUGCUGCUGCUGAGCUUCCCAGGUGGCUUCCCGCUCGAGAGCCAGGAGGACGACGACCUGCCACUGCUGAUGCCGCAGCUCCCAGCGGGCACCCCGGCCUGGAGUGUGCCUGGCUGCCCAGCCAACUGCACCUGCCCGGUAGAUGAGACAGUGGACUGUGGUGGCCUCGACCUGCAUGUCUUCCCCAGCAAUCUCUCCAAGAGCAUCCAGCAUCUCUCGCUGCAGAAUAAUCGGCUUUACGAAUUGCCUUACAAUGAGCUAUCCCGACUGGCUCACCUGAGGACCCUCAAUCUUCACAACAACCACAUUACCUCGGAGGUGACCCCUGCUGCAUGUCCAGAAGAUGGCAGAAUCUAUUCUAGUGUGUCCUGUUUUAAAGGUCUCCCAGAUGAAGCUUUUGAGUCCUUGCAGGCGCUACAGUAUAUCUACCUGGCUAAUAAUCAGCUUUCUGAGGCUCCGCAGUUCCUUCCCAGCACUUUGCGCAUUGUGGACAUGGCUGCCAACUGCUUGACACGCAUCUACCAACUCACCUUUGGACAUAAACCUGGCCUCAGAUCUGUUUAUCUGCACAACAACCAGCUGAGCAACGUCGGCCUGCCCUUUGAUGCCUUCAAUGGCUCCGACGCGAUCAGCACCCUCAUCCUCUCCAGCAACCUACUCACCUACAUGCCCCAGAACUUGCCCCUGGCGAUCGUCCGUCUGCAUUUACAGAACAACCGCAUCUCCCGUAUCCCUAAAGGGGCCUUGAGCAAGCAGUGGCGUCUCCGAGAGCUCUACCUACAGAACAAUAACUUGACUAAUGAGGGCCUUGACCUCUCCACCUUCAGCAAGCUGAAGAGCCUGGAGUACCUGGAUCUUUCCAACAACAACCUGACUGAGGUGCCUUCCGGCCUGCCCCCAAAUAUUGUUAUCCUGCACCUGGGACGGAACCGCCUGAGCACGCUACCACCCGAGCGUCUGAGCCGUGCACGUGGUCUGCAGUACCUCCUGCUGCAGAGCAACACGCUGACUGCGUCUGGGGUGCACCCGGAUGCCUUUGCCCGCCUGCGCUCCCUGCACACCCUCCACCUGUACAACAACCAGCUGGAAAGUGUGCCACCUGGUCUACCGAGGCGUGUGCGGUCACUGAUGCUGUUGCACAACAAAAUCACGAACAUUGGGCCCGACGACUUUGCCGCCACGUAUGCCCUGGCUGAGCUGAAUCUCAGCUACAACCGGCUCUAUAGUGCCCGCAUUCACCGCCUGGCCUUCCGGAAGCUGAGGCGCCUGGAGAACAUAGACAUCUCUGGCAACCAGCUCACCCUCCUGCCUGCUGGGCUACCCCCCAGCCUUCAGAUCCUCAACCUCCAGAAGAACCAGCUCAACUCCCUGUCUCCGGAGCUGCUGGCCAACCUCACCAUGCUCAAGGAGCUACACCUGGCCCACAACCGCCUGCGGAUCAGCAGCAUUUCCCCAGGCACCUGGCAGGAGCUGCAGGGGCUCAAGCUGCUGGACCUGAGCUACAAUGAGCUGUCUUACAUUCCCCCAGACCUGCCAGAAUCGCUUGAGUAUCUCUACUUGCAGUACAACAGGAUCACCGUCGUCACGGCCGAGGCCUUCCUUACAGUACCCAACAUUUGUGUCAUCACUCUGAGAUCCAAUCGCUUACUGGCAGCCAACGUGUCUGCAGAGGCAUUUACAGACCUGAAGAGACUGGAGGUCGUGGACACAACAGGGAACCCAGAGCCCAUCAGCAUCCCUCUCCCACAAACCAGCCGCUGGGUCCAACCCCAGGCAGGCACCUAGGAAGGGAGCAUGGAGCAGCUUGCCGUCCUGGGCUCCCUUGGCGCCACGUUGCUUCCUAUGACCUCUCCACCAAGAUGGCUUCCACAGCCCGCUUGCCUCCAGGCAGCCUUUGGGCAGAAUUCAGACUGCCCAGCGCUUGCUCUUCCAGCCUCCGUCAGCUGCACAGAGCAGGGCUCAGCUGCUGCCCUUUAGUUUGAGAAACAACGAGAUGAAGGGAAGAGCAGGAGGCGGGAAAGAAGAGCGCACUCCAUCCCUAUCUUAUCCUGGAUUUUAAUUGCUGGUGGGUCUCUGCUUACUUUAGUUUAAGCAGCCCUAUGCAUGAAGUCAGAAUCGCCAUGAAAUGGGGCUCGGGGGCAGGCCAGGUCAGCAACAGUAGCUGCAUCCCAGGCCUCCUUUUCUCGGCUGCUUCAUUCCCUCAGCAUUUCCACAUCUAACUCAUACGGUGGGGUUUUUUUCCUGCCUCACUCCACAAGUGAGCUCAUCUAGCAGAGCUGCCCCUGACUGAUGAUGGAUUGCUACCCAAUCUAGAGGACGUUAAUUACUACUGUCUUUGAGCAAAUGCAAAACUCCCUCCUGCUUCUCUGGAACCAGAGAAUGAAGAAUGCAGUCCAAAUGGCUUGGCAUUAUGCAUCCAUCAGGCAGCUUCUGAAUGUCUCACGUGGACAAAGACCUGUCCAUGUCCCACACUGAGAGGAAAAGAGACAGCCAGAAUGAAGAAGAUAAAUCCAAGGAGGCGAAGAACACGUCAAGAGCAAAGGAUCUCUGGGUAACAGGGAGAUGUUUCCCAGCAAGCAGCACCCACCUCUUUCCCCCUCUACAGCAUCCCAUUUCACCCGCUGUUAGCCUAAACACAUCAAGCCAAUGCUUCAUUGUGCAGAUGCUGGAAAGAGAGACCUGUUUGGUUGAAAGGAAUCCCAAGAAAGACUCAGUGCAAUGUUUUUACUGUGGAGUGGAGCUGACCCCAUGAACACAACGCAAAAGAAAAGGCUUGAGGUU